CACAGGCGGACGGCGCCGGGGCCCCGCUCCCCAUUGGCCGCCUCCUCGGCGGGAGGGGCCGUCCCGGUCUCGGGGCACCUGGUUGGCACUCCGCAGGGAAAUCGGCGGAUGCCGGGCACAGGCGCCCGGAGGUAAAGGCAUCCAGAGGAUAGGCCCGGAGCCGCGGCCGGGUUCCUUGCGGCCGGCCCCGCUGUGCCCGCCGCCCCGGCGCCAGCGACGCUCGGAUGCUCCCUGCGCCUGCCGGACCAGCCACAAACUUUGCCCGGCGAAGUCCCCCACCCGACUGACCGAGCGGAGAGGCGCCUGGUUGGCCGCGCGCCCUCAGGGGCCCCGGAGCCCCGCGCGUGAUUGCGGGGGGCCCCCAGCGCCCGGCGCCCGCCGCGCCUCGCAGUGCGCGAGCGGCCGCCAGGAUGCGCUACGCGGACCCCUCGGCAAACCGGGAUUUGUUGGGGAACCGAACUUUGCUCUUCAUCUUCAUCUGCGCCUUCGCGUUGGUGACCUUGCUGCAACAGAUCCUGUAUGGCAGAAACUACAUCAAGAGAGGCCUCCAGUUUGGUUGGCAGAGUGGCGACCAGCUGGCCAAUUGGACGGGGCUCUGUAAUGUCACGGACGACCCAGCAGUGCAGAGCGGCAGUGACUCCAGCUCCAGGUACUUUGAAUUUUAUGAGGGCCCUUUUGAAUACAACUCCACAAGAUGCCUGGAGCUGAGGCACGAAAUCCUGGAAGUGAAGGUGCUGUCCAUGGUGAAGCAGUCGGAGCUGUUCGACAGGUGGAAGAGCCUCCAGAUGUGCAAGUGGGCGAUGAACAUCUCUGAAGCCAACCAGUUCAAGUCCACUCUGUCCAGGUGCUGCAACGCCCCCUCCUUCCUUUUCACCACCCAGAAGAACACUCCCCUGGGGACGAAGCUCAAGUAUGAGGUGGACACCAGCGGCAUUUACCACAUCAAUCAGGAGAUCUUCCGCAUGUUUCCUAAGGACAUGCCCUACUACCGGUCCCAGUUUAAGAAGUGUGCUGUCGUGGGCAAUGGAGGCAUCCUGAAGAACAGCCGCUGCGGGAGGGAGAUCAACAGCGCCGACUUUGUCUUCCGGUGUAACCUACCCCCCAUCUCAGAGAAGUACACCAUGGAUGUGGGGGUGAAGACAGACGUGGUCACCGUGAACCCCAGCAUCAUCACAGAGAGGUUCCACAAGCUGGAGAAGUGGCGGCGGCCCUUCUACCGCGUGCUGCAGGUGUACGAGAACGCGUCGGUGCUGCUGCCCGCCUUCUACAACACGCGCAACACCGACGUGUCCAUCCGCGUCAAGUACGUGCUGGACGACUUCGAGUCGCCGCAGGCCGUCUACUACUUCCACCCUCAGUACCUGGUCAAUGUGUCGCGCUACUGGCUCAGCCUGGGCGUGCGCGCCAAGCGCAUCAGCACCGGCCUCAUCCUGGCCACGGCGGCGCUUGAGCUCUGCGAGGAGGUGCACCUGUUCGGCUUCUGGGCCUUCCCCAUGAACCCCUCCGGCCUCUACAUCACCCACCACUACUAUGACAACGUCAAGCCCCGCCCGGGCUUCCACGCCAUGCCCUCCGAGAUCUUCAACUUCCUCCACCUGCACAGCCGCGGCAUCCUCCGCGUGCACACGGGCACCUGCAGCUGCUGCUGAGGGCGGCGGGCCUGCUGGCCGUGCCCGGCAAACAGAACCUCGCCCCUCCUCUCUCUCCUGCGCAGAACCUCGCCUCUCCUCUCUCUCUUGCGCGGGCAGUGCGAGGGCCUGGCGGGACGGCUGUCACUCCCUCGGUAGUUCAGUUCCGUGCUUGGGCCCUGUGGGCCGGGAGGCAGGGAUCAGUUGGGGCAGUCAGCUCUGUGCUAGGCGGCCU